AUGAUGUUUUUACUAUUUAUAUUAUUGGUUGGCAUCGAACAAUGCUUGAGUAUUUCGAGUCCUGUUUAUCCAUUUGCCACCUAUAAACAUUCAGUUGAACUUCAAGUUAAUGUAGCCGAUCUUUGGUGGACGGUGAAUGAUGCUGAAACAGAGGUUGUGUUCGAAUUACAUAUCAACACAACUGGUUGGAUUGCCCUAGGCAUCAGUCCAGCUGGUGGCAUGACGGGUGCUGAUAUCGCUGUCGGAUGGGUUGAUCAGACGGGCAAUGUCUAUAUGCAGGAUCGACAUGCAUUGACUACUGCAAAGCCUAUCUUAGAUAAUACAACGACCGAUUGGUUUGUUCUCAACGGUCGUGAACAAGAUGGAUGGACAGCUAUUCAAUUCAAACGUUUACUUGAUACAUGUGAUCCAAUGGAUGUUCGAAUCAAAUCUGGAACCAACAAUCUCAUAUUUGCCUAUGGUCUUACCGAUCCGGAUCUCGACCAGCCGAAUGGUGACAUUUCUUACCAUGAAAAUCGUCGAGGUUCACGCAUUCUACCACUUCGAUCCUAUGCCAAUCCACCAGUCGAAGCCAAGUUUGCUGAACUCGAAUAUUUCGAUUUUCGCAUGAAUAAUUAUCUUGUUCCAUCGAAUGAUACUACAUAUUAUUGUAAAAUGUUCAAAGCUCCAACAAAUUAUGCAGUUAAACGACAUGUAAUCGCUCACAAAAUUCUCAUUGAACCAAGUAAUCGUGAUCUUGUACAUCAUCUUCUCUUGCAUGAAUGUAGCCCGAUGGCUAAAUUCGAUGAUAAAAACCUGCCCGAUGGAUUAUGUAAUGAUUUAGCAGAGAUGCUUGCAAUGUGUAUGAUAGUCGAAUUUCCAGAAGUGGCUGGAUAUCCUGUUGGUGCUGAAUCAAAUAUCAAAUAUUACGUCAUUCAAAUGCACUAUGAUAAUCCUCAUCGAAUUGCGAAUCGUCGUGACAGUACAAGUCUUCGAUUUUAUCUUGGCAAAGAACUUCGUCAAUAUGAUAUUGGCUAUUUUACUUUUGGUCUAGUUGCUGAUCCAACUGGAAUAGCCAUUCCACCAAGAGUCAAUGAAUUUGUGAUUGAUUCUUAUUGUCCAGCCAUAGCUACUAAGAAUUUUCCUGAAUCUGGCAUUACAGUGAUAUCUGCGUUUCCACAUACUCAUUUGCAAGGCAAGUUCAAUUUGCAUGUACAAAAAUAA